ACAAGGGGGCUUCACAGUCCCUCUUUAUUUCCUCUUUAUUCCUCACUCCUCGACAGCCCUCCCUCCUCCUCUUCUUCCUCACCCUCUCUCUCUCUCCUCUCCUCCCUGCUCCUUCUUCAGCUCUUUCCUUCGCUGCUGUCGGAGCGUCUGUUCAGCUGGUGGAGCAGCGGCAGCAGGCAGCUCGCUUUGUGCGUCCUCUCUCAGCCACCUGUGCCGCGGAUGAUGCUGAUGGAGCACACUCUUCUUUACAUGGAAUAAUAUCGUCAUUGCAAACAUCUCUUUUUUUCUUCUUCCUCUUCUUCUCUCCGGAUUUGCUUCCUUGUUUUUUGCACCAUUGGGCAUCUAAAGUUGUGGUGAUGAUGCCUGGACCGCUCCGCAUAUGGGAUUGGUAAUCUAGCCUUCUGUGAGAGGGUGAAAGCAUCGUUCGCACUGUCUCUCGGAAGUGGACAUAAAACAUGGACUAAUUUAUUUUUUCACACAUUCACUAUGGGAUUAUUACAGUUAUUUCUAGCUCUCGGCAUAUUUUGCUCCUCCUCAGUUGUAGGUUUUGGGGUUGACCCUGCCCUGCGAAUCAGCGUGUUUGAUGAACUAACGCUUGGAGAAGGCUUUGAUGGAGUUACUCAGGUCCAGGGCUUCCACAGCGAGUCUAGAGCUUUCCACUUCCAAGGGUCCUCCAGGGAGGUGGUGGCUCCUGCUGAGGUCUCAGAGCAAAUGGUGCAAAAGCUCAGAGGCAAGAACGAGUUUACUGUGCUGGUGACCCUCAAACAAGAUCACCUCAACUCCGGGGUCAUCCUGUCUAUUCAUCACUCCGAGCACAGGUUCCUGGAGCUGGAGAGCAGUGGGCAGCGCAGCGAGGUGCGUCUCCACUAUCGUACCAAAGGCCAGCAGGCGCACACUGAGGUGUUCCCUUACAGCCUGGCUGAUGACCAGUGGCACAAGGUCUCUGUGGCCGUCAGUGCCUCUCAUGUCAUACUGCACAUCGACUGCAACAGGAUCUAUGAGCGGGUGGUGGAGGCUCCCUACAUGGACAUACCCGAGGGUGCUUCCUUCUGGCUCGGACAGAGAAACGCUGCUCACGGCUUCUUUAAGGGAGUGAUGCAGGACGUGGAGAUCCUGGUGAUGCCACAAGGCUACAUCUCACAGUGUCCAGAUCUCAACAGAACAUGCCCAACCUGCAAUGAUUUCCACGGACUGGUGCAGAAAAUCAUGGAGCUGCAGGAUAUCCUUGCUAAAACAUCCAGCAAGCUGUCCAGGGCUGAGGAGAAGAUGAAUGGGCUGGAUGGCUGCUAUUGUGAGAGAACCUGCAGCGUCAAGGGGGUCGUCUACAGAGAGGACGAGGGCUGGACAGAUGGCUGCAGGAACUGCACAUGCUCGAACGGCACAGUGCAGUGUGAGGCCAUCUCCUGCCCUCCUCCUCAGUGCCCCACAGGCACCGUGCCUGCCUACGUGAAGGGGGCCUGCUGCAAGGAGUGCCAGCCUGUCUGCAUGUUUGGAGGAAGAGAGCUGGUGGAGGGGGAUCAGAAGGCUGUGCGAGACUCCUCCGGCAGGUGCCUGCUGUUUGAAUGCAAGGACCGGACCAUGCACCGGGUGGUCCCCAGUGAGCCAUGCCCUGAGCUGAACUGUGCCGAGUCGGAGCAGAUCACCCUGAGUGACAGGUGCUGCAAAGUCUGCAGAGGUCAUGACUUCUGCUCUGAGGGCCACAGCUGCGUGGAGCACUCCGACUGUGUGAACCUGGAGGCAGGAGACUGCUGUGUUUGUAAGGAUGGCUUCCGCCCGCUGCGAGACGAUAACGCCUACUGUGAAGAUAUUGAUGAGUGCGCUGAAGGGAAGCACUACUGCAGGGAGAACACCAUGUGCGUAAACACGCCCGGCUCCUUCAUGUGCAUCUGCCAUACGGGCUACAUCAGGAUCGAUGACUACUCCUGCACAGAGCAUGAUGAGUGCCUCAGCGGGCUCCACAACUGUGACGAGAAUGCCCUGUGCUUUAACAUGGUGGGAGGCCACAGCUGCUCCUGUAAGCCGGGAUACACCGGUAACGGGACUGUGUGCAAAGCUAUGUGUGACGGAUUGUGCCAGAAUGGAGGAACCUGCGUUUCACCCAACAACUGUGUGUGCCAGCAAGGGUUUACCGGGAUGAGAUGCGAGACAGAUAUUGAUGAGUGUGCGGACGGCUUUGUCGAGUGUGAUAGUAAAUCCACUUGUGUCAACUUGCCCGGCUGGUACCACUGUGAGUGUCGUGAUGGCUACCAUGACAACGGCUUGUUUUCUGCCAACGGGGAGUCGUGUGUAGAUAUUAAUGAAUGCAAGACGGGGAGGAACACCUGUGCCAACGACACGGUGUGCUUCAACCUGGACGGAGGCUAUGACUGCCGGUGCCCCCACGGGCACAACUGCACGGGCGACUGUAUCCAUGACAACAAGGUCAAGCACAGCGGGCAGAUCUGGGUGCUGGACAGCGAUAGGUGCUCGGUGUGCUCCUGCCAGGCUGGCCAGGUGAUGUGCCGCAGGAUGGUUUGCGACUGCGACAACCCCAACGCCGACCUCUUCUGCUGCCCCGAGUGUGACCCCCGCCUGAGCAGCCAAUGUCUGCACCAGAACGGCCUGCUCACGUACGGCAGCGGGGACACGUGGGUGGAGAACUGCCAGCAGUGUCAGUGCCUGCAGGGGCAGGUGGACUGCUGGCCCCUGCCGUGCCCGCCUGUGGACUGCGAGUUUACCGUGGUGCCCGAGGGCGAGUGCUGUCCCCGCUGUGUCACCGAUCCCUGCCAGGCCGACACCAUCCGCAACGACAUCACCAAGACGUGCACUGACGAGCACAACAUCUCACGCUUCAGCGGCUCCUCCUGGAUUAAACAUGGCACGGAGUGCACCCUGUGCCAGUGCAAGAAUGGACACAUCUGUUGCUCAGUGGACCCCAUGUGCCUUUAGUCCCGGCAGAUGUGAAGGCACCUGUACAGUGUUCUCCAUGUAAAAAAAAGUAACACCACCCCAAUGUCUCCUCACCGUCCUCCUCACAGGCGCGGGUCAUCGAGUGUUUGCGUUGUUAGGGUUUAGCCUGCUGAUCCAAAUAGAUGGGGGUCACAAAUCAGGAAAAAUCAUUUGAUGAAAUUCAGAAAACUGUAUAACUUUAACCUUCAGGUACUUUCUGCUAAUUUUUAGCUCUUAUUACAUGUUGUACAAAGUGAACUCCCCCAUCUGGUACCUCAUCAAGCAUAACAAGUGUUUCUGCGAAUACUCCGUGACCUGCGUCUGCCUCCUCAACUCCUCUUUAUACCAAAUGCAAACCUAUGUCAUACCAAACAGAUGAUGGGACUACAACUCCCUUAAAUCCACUCUCUCUCUCUCUCUUUGAUCCGUCUCACCUUGUAAAGUGACCCUUUAAGGAUCACCGCUCCCCCACUCCGAAACAUUGCUACAUGAAUCUGUAAGAUAUUACUAUUACUGGCAUGACUGUGCUUGAUGUCCAAACAUUUUUGCUGAUUUCUAACUUCUCAAUGAUGAUGAUGAUGAUGAUGAUACUUUAGAUAGAGUGAAGGCAGUUAGCAUAAGGUUCAGUUGCCACAUUUAUGAGUCGUCUAUAUUAUGUGGUGCUUUGUAGAAUUUUGUUCCAUUUCUCUUUUUUGUAAUUUUUUUUUCCAAGCUUGUUAUUGUGUAAUAGUGAAAUAAAGUAUUUCCAUUUACAUUUAA